AUGGAAGAUCACUAUGAGUUGGAAAUGCAAUCAUUGACACGAGGCGGCCGAGCGGCAGACGCAAAGCUGCAGAUUUUUGUGAAGACCCUGGCUGGCAAGACCAUCACUCUUGAGGUCGAGCCCAGUGACACCAUCGAGAUUGUCAAGGCCAAAAUCCAAGACAAGGAGAGCAUCCCUCCUGACCAGAAGCGUCUGAUAUUUGCGGGCAAACAACUAGAGGAUGGCCGUACACUCUCAGACUACAACAUCCAGAAAGAGUCCACCCUGCAUCUGGUGCUGCGUCUCCGUGGUGGCAUUAUUGAGCCUUCCUUGCACCAGCUCGCCCAGAAAUACAACUGCGACAAGAUGAUCUGCCGCAAGAGUUAUGCUUGCCUGCAUCCCCGUGCUGUCAAUUGCUGCAAGAAGAAGUGUGGGCACACCAACAACCUGCGCCCCAAGAAGAAGGUCAAAUAA